CAGGUGGAGCUGACCGGAAACAGCAUCUUUGAGUACAUCCAUCCAUCAGAUCAUGAUGAGAUGAGCGCAGUGCUGAGCACACACCAGCCGCUGCACACACACUUCCUGCAGGAGCUGGAGCUGGAGCGCUCAUUCUUCCUGCGAAUGAAGUGUGUGUUGGCAAAGAGGAAUGCGGGACUGACGAGCGGCGGAUACAAGGUGAUCCACUGUAGCGGGUACCUGCAGGUGCGCCCGCUGGUGCUGGAUGUGUCCGUGUGCCAGUCCUGCUGUCAGCUGGUGGCGGUGGCGCACUCUCUGCCCCCCAGCGGCCUCACCGAGAUCAAACUGCACAGCAACAUGUUCAUGUUCAGAGCCAGCCUCGACCUCAAGCUCAUCUUCCUGGACAGCAGGCAGGUGUCUCUGUGUCGUGUGGAUAAAGCAGAGCGUGUGUUGUGGAGCUCCAGUCCUCCGUCCUGUCAGCAGCAGAGCCCCGGGCCCCUGACCCCCUCCGGCCCCCAGCCCUGCGCAUACACACACACACUGAGCCCCAGACGGCAGGGCUCCUCCGCACCGCAGACCAGCAGAGAUGCGCCCUGGAGCUGCAGCGCCGCCGAGAAUAAACCCGCAGCCGGCUGCACAUACUCAGGAGUGCUGCGGGGGGGAGCCUGUAAAGAGGAGUCGGGUCUGAUCCGCCGCCUGCAGCCAGACACACAGCGGCGCCGACUGACGGAGUCACCGUAUGAGGACAGAAACACACACAGAGCCCCGGGGCCGGCCGAUGGGGACGGCAGGAGGCUCCUGCUGGGGGUGCGAGUCCCCGCUCAGGGCCCGCUCGUCUCCCUCAACCUGCACCACUGUCUGCUGUCCAAACACAGCUCUGUCCCGCCGGCGCCGUACACUCACCGUGGAGAGCAGCGGACCCCGUACCUGCAGCAGAGCCCCAGCCUGGCCUCCGCCGGCCCCCGGGGGCCACACUACAUCAGCACCUCCGUCAUCAUCAGCGGCGAGAGGUGACGCUGCGGCCGUAAAUCACAGCGCAGAACUGCAGGACACCUCAGCCAUCACACACACAGACGAGGAGGAGUGUGUUCAUCAGGUGUCUCCAGUGCGCUGAACGCUGAGAUAUGCGAGUGUGUGCUGACUGACACAAUAACACACACACAUGCUGCGCUGCAGACACUGAGCAUCACUGAAGCACGCAGCGCUCGCGGCACUCAGUGUGUCAGAACAGUGGAGCAGGAGCUGCAGCAUGACCCGCCUCAUCACUCACCAGCUCUGCAUUUCUGUUGUGUUCGCCACUGAACACAUCAUCAUCACCGGUGCUCCUGCAGCGCUCUGUAGCUGGACCAUGAGUCCUGCAGGUUUGUGUCGACGCCUCAACAUUUAUCAGCACACUGCAAAAACACCUGCUCUUCUUCAAUCUUCUGUCUUGUUUCUAGUCUAAAUCUCCAACAGCUCUUAAAUUAAGAAGCAACAAACGUGCUGUUUUAAUAAAUGAUGGCAAAAUGAAGGAGUUUUCCUCAAACAGACAAAUACACUCAUAUCGAAAGGAAAAAUACAUUAUUCUGCUCACCCAGGCAGAUUAUCCUGCUUGAAAAACUCGUUAUUAAUGAAAGCAACACAAUAUUUUUGGCUUCUCUACGCUUUAACAAGCCCACAUUAGAAGCGCUGGGUCAGUGUGGAACACACGUCAGACAGACAGCAGUGAUAUCUAGAUGUGCUUUGACUUGUGUUUGAUUGCAGACGACACAACACGCAUUAUUAAUGCGCUCCUGAUGAUUAUUACAGGUUAAACGUGUGUUAUAAUGUCAGUUCCUGCACAUUCAGACAGCGCUGCAUCAGUGAAGCGUUUCCCCCUCUGUACCGCUGCCGCUCCUCUUCACAACACUUACAGACGAUUAGCGACUGAAGACAGCGAGUGCUGAAGUGUUUCAGGGUCAUUCUGCCUCAUUCCUCCUGCAGGUGGGCAACAGUACGGGCUCUUCCACACAUUCUCUAUUGGAGACAGGUCGGGACUGCAGGCAGGCCAGUCCAGCGUCUGUCUCCUCCUCCUCUGCAGCAGGUAAUGUGAGCUGAAUGUGGUUCUGCAUUGUCUUGUUGGUCUCUGCAGGGCGUCUCUGGAGCAGAAGGCAGCAUAUUGAGCUCCAGAAUCUCUCUGUGCUGUUCAGCAUUCAUGGAGCAUCACAGAAGAGCAGUUCACCUUCACCAAGAGCACCGACACAACCCCAGACCAUGACAGAGCCGGGCUUCUGGACCUGUUGCUGGUGUCAGUCUGGAUGAUCCUCUUCUUCUUUGGUCUGGAGCACAUGACGUGAACCUGAAACACUGCUUCAUCUGAGCACCGGACACGUCUCCACUGUGUGAUGCUCCAUCCCAGAGCCCAGAGAAGCACUUCUGGACACUGUUAACAUAGGGCUUCCUCUUGGCACAGUGCAGUGUUGGCUGGUGUUUGUGGAUGUCGCUCUGUAUUGUGCUGCUUGUCACAGGUUUAGCGCAGUAGUGCUGAGCCCAUGUGCUGAUCUGCUUAUAGAUGAAUGAGGACUCUUGGUGCAGCGCCCCCUGACGGGUCGGAGGUCACGGGUGUUCAGCUUAGGCUUGCGCUCUUGUCCUACACGCACUGAAACUCCUCCAGAUUCCUUCAGUCUGUAAUGCUGUUCUGCUCUGUUGAAGGUGAAAUCUCCACAUGUCACAUGACAUCAUUAUUCAGCAGAUCACCUGAUCACUGCCCUCCUCCUCUGUGUAGUGUGCUGCAGGAUUUGUGUUUAUUUAGAAAAAUUAAUCAUCAGUAAUAAUCCUGAGGGACAUUAAUGACGUGUGCUGUGCUGUCAGCAAUCAAACACAAGUCAAAGCACAUCUAGAUAUCACUGCUGUAUUAUUAGUGUUUUCCACACGGACCAUGCUGCUUCUGAUUUGGGGGUUUUAGAUAUGUAAACAGAAGCCGUGGCCGUGUGUUUUGGCGUCGACCACAUUAUUAAUGCUGGAACCCAGAGUCUGCCAUGCGCAGUGACUGAUGCUACUCGAUGAUGCUAAAAUGAAUGGAGCUGAUGACUUAGAAUCUCAAUAAACACAAGAGGAGAUGA